GUGGCAAUAAAUAAUGGAUUAAAUUGAACCAACUCCUUUUAAACUCAGAGUAUCUGGGCACAGUUUUUCAAAUAUUUUCAGCUCCAUCAAAUUCAGAAAAGAAGAAGAACAAUUUCGUUGGAGAAGGGCAAUCUCUCUUUUCUCCUUUUGUUCUCUCUGUUUCUGAGCCAUAUGGGUAUUCCUCGAAAAUAGCAGAGGAAUUGGGAAGAGGAAAGAAGGAUAAGCAAAGUUUAUUGAAGAAUCUUUGUGGGUUUGGUCGCAAUUCUUUUUCUUUUUUUGGGGGGCGCUUUGAAGGGUUUUGAAGAGGAUCAGUGAAGAAUGUUUGGUUGGGAGUGUUGGUGUUGGAAUGGCGUCGUUGAUCCUUUAGAUUUUUGCCUUUCUGAGCCUCAACCCUUCACUUUGCCUUCAACCCUUCCAAAAUGGCCUCCAGGAAAAGGUUUUUCCACCGGAAGAAUAAGCCUUGGAGAGAUAGAAGUUUCCAAGAUCACAAAAUUUAAGAAAGUUUGGAGAAUCAGCCAGGGCGCCAUCUUUUACAGGCCUCGGGCAAUCCCAGAUGGCUUUUUCUGCCUUGGUCACUACUGCCAGCCCAGUGACCAGCCAUUGAGAGGAUAUGUUCUGGUUGCUCGUGAUACGUCGGAAGUCGAUCAUGUUGACAACUCAGUCAGUGAAUCGCCCGCUUUAAAGCGACCAGUAAACUAUACCUUAAUCUGGAGUUCUGGUUUACAUGGAGUGGAUUCUGGCUUUAUUUGGCUGCCUAAUGCCCCGGAGGGUUAUAGAGCCAUGGGAUUCUUCGUCACUGACAAGCCUGAGGAGCCUGCACCUGACGAUAUUCGAUGCGUACGAGCUGAUCUUACCGAGAGAUGUGAGACUAGUGACUUAAUUGUUAGCAUUAAGUCCAAAUCUCAAUCAUUUCAAGUUUGGGAAACAAGACCCUUUGAAAGGGGAAUGUACCAGAGUGGUGUUUCUGUGGGCACAUUCUUUUGCUGCACUUCAUUGAAAGAGUAUCUGAAUAUUUCCUGUCUGAAGAAUCUCAAUUCCACAUUAGAAGGAAUGCCAAAUCUGAACCAGGUUCAGGCACUUAUUGGACAUUACGGGCCAACCGUCUUCUUUCAUCCCGAUGAGGCAUAUUUCCCAUCAUCCGUGCCGUGGUUUUUCAAAAACGGUGCUCUUUUGUAUCGAAAUGGUGAUACGAAGGGUGAGCCUAUUGACAUGAGAGGCUCCAAUCUGCCUCGUGGAGGGGAAAAUGAUGGUGAGUAUUGGAUCGAUCUGCCAACGAACGAUAAUGCAAGAGAAACUUUGAAGAGCGGGAACAUUGAAACAGCCAGACUCUAUGUUCAUGUUAAACCAGCACUAGGAGGAACUUUUACUGAUAUUGUGAUGUGGGUUUUCUGCCCUUUUAAUGGACCAGCAGCCAUCAAAGUUAGUUUUCUGAAUAUCAAAUUGAAAAAGAUUGGGGAGCAUGUUAGUGAUUGGGAACACUUCACACUUCGAAUUUGCAACUUUUCUGGGGAGCUAUGGCAAGUGUACUUCUCGGAGCAUAGCGGUGGGAAAUGGGUCGAUGCUUCUGACUUGGAAUUCAUUCAAGGCAAUAAGCCAAUCGUGUAUUCAUCGAAACACGGUCAUGCUAGCUUCCCACAUCCUGGGAGCUAUCUUCAGGGGUCAGUAGCUGGAAUUGGAGUGAGGAAUGAUGCAGCUCGGAGUAAGUUUUUCGUUGAUUCAAGCGUUAAAUACGAAAUCAUUGCUGCUGAAUAUCUUGGCGAUGGCUUCAUUGCUGAACCAGAUUGGUUACAGUACAUGAGAGAGUGGGGUCCAACCGUUGUGUAUAAUUCCAGAUCAGAGAUCGAAAAACUAAUCGAUCUCCUUCCUCCAUUUGUCCAAUUUUCCUUGGAAGAUCUACUCGCUCUAUUCCCAACCGAGCUCUAUGGUGAAGAAGGACCAACUGGACCAAAGGAAAAAAACAACUGGUUUGGAGAUGAAAGAUGCUAGAGAUAUACCAUACAGAUUCAUCAAUUAACUACACCACAACAUGAAUAGCUUUCAGUUAACUCUUUAAAAUGGUCAUUUCUUCAUCAGGACAUGGUGAAAGUGAGCAGAUAGGCCGAAAUAUUUAGCUUGGUUAUUCUGUUACAGUUAUUGCUGUUCUCGUUGCAGAUACGACUCCUGAAUUCGGAUUUGAGGGGAUUGUUAUUGAGAUCGAUUGUAUCUGGGGUCUCGAAUCAACAGGCAGAAAAGAAGUGUAUUGUAUAUUUGAUUGUAAAGGUAUUUAGUUUUGGUUCAUGGAACGAAACGUUUAUGAAUUUAGAGAAAAGAAGAUUGUGAAAGAAUGAAUAAAAGACGUAGGAUUUCUUAUACA